AAACUUCCUGUGAAAGCGUCAGAUCCGACUUGUUUGCCUGAAACUCGUGCUGGUUGCGUCGCCUACGGUUUAAUAAUACCUGACGUGUCGUCCACUUAUCAAAAAAUGGGAAAGGAAAUGAUGAGAUACUCAUAUUUUGGAGUUUAGACGAAGUGAAAACGGUUAAUAUUUUAUGUUUCGACCGCGUCUUUGUUUUAUGACUUCCGGAAAAUCCGCACAGAAACCUGGGUGUAGAUGAAGCGGCUGGCAAUUUGCUCUCUUUCUGGAUUGGAAAUAUUUGAUUGCUUCUCAUCUGAUGAAGCUGAUGUAAAGUUUGCAAGCUGAGAAAGCAGCACAAGCUCUCCAGCCCUGCAGACGUUCAGUUUAACUUCUUCAGGCUAUGACGUCUCCGCCGGCGGGUGGCGUUACGUGGGCGCGGGUGUGUAAGGAAUGCGGACAGUGUCAUGAUGGCCGGGACAGUCACCUGUUUGAAUAUCAGGACGAGGUGGAUGACGAGCUGGUAUGCCACAUCUGCUUGCAGCCUCUUUUGCAGCCUAUGGACACGCCGUGUGGCCACACGUACUGCUUCCACUGCCUCAGCAACUUCCUGCACGACCAAGACUUCUGUCCCGUUGACCGCCAGAGGCUUCAGCUCCAGAAUUGCCGUUCCUCCAGCCUUCUGGUGCGCAACCUGCUGGACAAGCUGGUCGUCCUGUGCCCGUUCCGCGGCGAGUGCCAGCAAAGCAUGCAACGCUGUGAGCUGCAGCCCCAUCUUCACAACAGAUGUCCUGCAUUCAAACGACUCAGGGAAGAGGCGGAGAGAAAAAAGAGACCCUCCUGGAACGAGUUGAAGGGAAGCAAAUCAGAUGGAGAUUUAGCUGAUGCCAAAUCUACCCCGAUCACACGCACAGGCCAACUCAGUGGACCCUCAGAACCUGGACUCAUCAAUCCGGCCUAUGAAGAGGGGGAAGAUGACACCCCCCUGAGGUCCAGUCUUGUGGCAGAGGCAACUGUGGUGGAGCUGUUCCGAGAGGAUCCAGAUGAGGAUCUGGGAUUGCGUAUAGUAGGAGGGAAGGACACGCCCUUAGGCAACAUCGUCAUUCAGGAGAUUGUGCGUGAUUCACUGGCUGCCCAGGAUGGCAAGCUGGCACCUGGAGAUCAUAUUCUAGAGGUGAAUGAUGUCAGUUUGGCAUCCAUCCCCCACAGCCGUGCCAUCGCUGUGCUUCGGCAGUCGUGUUCCCGCGUCAGGCUAACUGUCAUGCAGGAGAAGGGCUUCAAGCCCCGGCCCGAACCUCUUGCUCAACCCUCAGCUUCUCCCCCGUCACAAUCACCCAAUCCCAACCAGAACCACAGCACCGUCAUCCAGGUCACCCUGGUGAAGCGUGACCGUUCUGAGCCGCUAGGCAUCAAACUCAUCCGUAAGUCUGAGGAGCCAGGAGUCUUCAUCCUGGACCUGCUACCUGGGGGACUGGCCGCCAAAGAUGGCAAACUGAAGAACAAUGAUAAAGUGCUGGGCAUUAAUGGACACGACCUGAGACGUGGCACCCCAGAGAGCGCAGCUCAGAUCAUACAGGCAAGUGAAAUGCGUGUGAACUUCGUAGUGAUGAGACUUCCUGAUCUCUCCGAGGAGGGUGGUGAGGGACAGAGCAGAGGGGCCAGGAGGGUCCCGGAACCGCAGUACUUCAUACGGCGCUCAGAAUACAUGAAGGAGCCUCCACUUGGCUUCUCCAGUCAAGAGAAGACGGUGAGUCUAAAGAAGGAACCUCGACACUCUCUAGGCAUCACAAUCGCGGGUGGAAGAGACUGUCGUAGCCGUUUGCCUGUCUAUAUUACUAGUGUGCAACCGGUGGGCUGCCUGCACAGAGACGGCACUGUCAAAACAGGUGAUGUACUGCUAAGUAUAAAUGAUAUUGACCUCACCCAUCUCACCUACAAUGAGGCAGUGACCAUCCUAAAGUCUCAGGCCGCUCAGGACAAAGUAACGCUGCGAGUCAUCCAAACAUUUGCUGAGGAGGAAGAACAGGAUGGAGAAUCCAGCACUAGAGAAGACAUGGACACACUGGAGGGACCCAAAGAGGACGACAUUAACUGGGCUCCUCUCUGGACCCGCUGGUUGGGCCUGCCCAGUUGCAUCCACUGGUGUCGUGAUAUUAUGCUGAUGAAGACCAACAGUGAGAGCUGGGGCUUCAGUAUCGUGGGAGGAUAUGAGGAGAGUCGUGGCCAGCAGCCCUUCUUCAUUAAGACCAUAGUGCCUGGAACACCAGCUCACUUUGAUGGACGCCUCAAGUGCGGCGAUGAGAUUGUGGCUGUGAACGGAGUCACCACGGUUGGCAUGAAUAACUCUUCCUUGAUUCCGAUGCUGAAACUACAAAAGAACAAAGUCACACUAACCGUGGUCUCCUGGCCUGGCAGCCUGGUUUAAAGACGGGCCUGAACUCUGUCACUGUUACUGGGUCCACCACAAGAUUUUAAGUCUGUUAUUGGAGACGAGACGUCGUGAGCAUUAUCAUGGCCUCUCUUGAAAACAGGGUGAAAACUGAGGAAGUCUGUUAACAAUUAUUGACCUAAAGUUAAUAUUAUUUAAUCCACUGUAGGCAUUUAGUGUUUGUCAAAUGUGCAGUGCUUUGUUAAACUGCACUUGACCAGCUUGAGUUAAUCAUGCCACUUGCCUGGGUGUAUUUUAGUAUGGAAGUUCUUGUUUUCCAUAUAUAACCAGUAAUAAUCUUUUAAAAGGUUUAUGAUUGACAUCAAGUGAGGUAAUAAAUAUUAAUUAUUUUGACACUACCUAAAGUCGGACCGCAUCACAUCCUCAUGUUGAUGGCCGCUCUGUUGACACUUUUUACACUGUUAUAUGUUCUGAGAAUAGUUACACUAGUGUAAAACUAAGUAGUUGCUGUUGGGGUGAUAGUACGGACUGUUUUUUAAACCACAGCUUGGCUUGUUGACACAUUUUUAAGAAUGUAUUUCUUGGGUGCCUUGGAUAUGAAUAUGUACAAACACACUGAUCCACACCUGCCUUAAUUGCCUGUAUACCAAAAAUGCCAUUUGUUAUCUUUGGCCUUUCAUCAGCUGUAGAAUGUUUAUUUGAAUGCUUUUGCCUUUGAAGUUUAACCCUUUUACUUUCUAAUGCAUUUUAGUAAAUUCCAGCGAGGUUCAGUCUUUGGAUAGUACAUCAAAUGUGAAAGGGUUGCUAUGAUGACAGAAUAAAAAAUUGUUUUAUUUUAUUA